AUGGUUUUGGAAGUCACAACUGUAGUGCUGACUUCCUGUGACUUUAACCAGGACAGUGAACCAUUCUGCAGGUUCAGUCAGGACAGCGCAGACAACGGUGACUGGACCCGACACACAGGCUCAACCCCGACACCUGGUACUGGCCCCAGUGGAGACUACCCUGAUGGAGCGGGCUACUAUAUCUACCAUGAGUGUGACAAUGUUGCUAAUGGACAGAAAGCGCGUCUGCUGAGCGCUGCCCUCUCAUCAUCGGCCUCUCAGAUCUGUGUCCAGUUCCGAUACUACAUGUAUGGAUCAGACAAUCAGAAUGUGUUGAGUGUUCUGGCCAAGAAGCCCACCGGUGAUGAGGAGGUCUGGAAGAAGAUGGGUAUCCAGAGUCCAUCCUGGCUGAAGGGCUCUGUCACCGUGUCCAAACCCAGCAGUCAGAGCGUCACUAUUGUGUUUGAGGCUCAGAGAGGCUUCAGUUAUUCCUGUGACACAGGUCUGGACAACAUCGUCAUCACUGAAGGAGCAUGUCCCGCUGAGAAUCCUGCUAUAUUUGGCUUCGACCAGUGGACUGGAUCAACUGAAACUGAAGGCACCGGGCCUGAUGAUGACUUCUCCAAACCUGGAUUGGGCUCAUACAUGUUGAUGGAUUCUACCGAGGCUAUCCCUGGAGCCAAGUCUCAGAUCACAAGUACUCUAAUAACCUCCUCCACUGGAUGUCUGGACCUCACCUUCCACUACUACUUGUACGGCACCAGCACCACCAUGGAGCUCAGCGUCCACACCAUCACCACAGGUGGAAGCCUUGGACCUGCUCUCUUCACUGUAAGGGGUAACCAGGGUCAGGGCUGGAAGCCCGCAGAGGUCCGGUACUUGGGAGCUGCUGCCAUUCAGUUUGUGAUCGUGGGUACCUUUGGAGAAACUCCUAAAACCGAUAUUGCCGUUGAUGCUGUGUGUGUCAUGACCUGCAAAGUUGCUGCAUUGUAUUCUGAUGUCUGGCGCUUGUCCCUUUCUCUCUCAGGCUCUCAGGACUGCGUGGUGUCCGGAGAUCCUCACUACAACACAUUUGACAAGAAGUUCUUCAGCUUCAUGGGAACGUGCACCUACACACUGGCCCGAACCUGCAGGAACAGCACUGGUCCUUGGUUCUCAGUGGAGGGGAAGAAUGAGGAGAGAGGAGUGACAGGCAUGUCCUACCUGAGGAAGCUCUACGUCACUGUGAACGGAAUCACUGUGACCCUGAUGAAGGCCAGGAGGACUCUGGUUAAUGGACUGCGAGUGGCCUUCCCCCACUACCCCUCUCCGCUCAUGUCCCUCACUCUUGCCGGUCAGUACGUCACCCUGCAGACGCCGUUCGGCCUCCGGGUGCGCUGGGAUGGAAACCAUUACGCCCAGAUCUCAGUCCCCAGCUCCUACUACGACCAGAUGUGCGGCCUAUGCGGCAACUACGACGGCAACCCGGGCAACGACUUCACCAAGCCAGAUGGCACUCUGGUGGGAAAUGUCAACGACUUCGGGAACAGCUGGCAAACGGAGGAGGAUGAGGAUGACUCGUGCAGCCCAGGCACCAAGCCCGACCCGGACUGUGACCCCAAGCUCGAGGCCGAGGUGGUGAAACCAGACAAAUGUGGCAAAAUCACAGACCCCGCUGGACCUUUCAGGGAGUGUAUCAGUGUGGUGAAUCCCACUCCGUUCUUCCAGAGCUGUGUGUACGACAUGUGUCAGUUCAACGGCCAGCAGCGCGUCCUGUGCGACCAGCUCCAGGCCUACACCGACGCCUGCCAGAGCGCCGGAGCCAAAGUCCACCAGUGGAGGACUCCGAGCUUCUGUCCCCUGGCCUGUCCUCCCAAUAGCUCCUACACUCUGUGUGCCAGUUCCUGCCCCGAGACAUGUCUGGGUGUGGUCGGGUCACCCGGCUGCGAGGACGUGUGCGUGGAGGGUUGCGAGUGUAACCCGGGCUUCAUCCUCAGCAACGACAAGUGUGUGUCGCUGAAGGACUGUGGCUGUGUGGACACCAGCGGGAGCUAUCACCCUGUGGAUGAAAACUGGUACUUGGAGGGCUGCGAGGAGAAGUGUGUGUGUCACAGUGGAGGUUUGAUUCAGUGUCACAACAGCAGCUGUAAACCCACCACUGAGAGCUGCCAGCUGCAGGACGGAGAAUACGAAUGUCGUCCUUUAGGAAAUGGCAUCUGCUCAGUAUCUGGCGACCCCCACUACACCACCUUUGACAAGCACACCCACCAUUACAUGGGAGCCUGCUCCUACACGCUGUCCAAACCCUGCAACGUCUCCUCUGGCUUGCCGUACUUUAGCGUGGACACGCAGAAUGAGCACAGGGGAAGUAAUAAGAAGGUCUCCUAUGUCAGGGCUGUGGUGGUCAACGUGAACGGGGUGACCUUCGUCCUCGGCAAGGGCCGCACAGUCCAGGUUAACGGGACGGCGGUCGUCCCACCUGUCACCUCCAUCGGCGGAGUCAAAAUCUACUUGAGCGGCAAGUUCGUCGUCCUGGAGACGUCCUUCGGCCUGAGGGUGCGUUUCGACGGCAACCACCACGCCGACGUCACCGUGCCAACCUCCUACAACGGCCUGCUCUGUGGCAUGUGUGGAAAUUUCAAUGGAAACUCCAAAGACGACAACUUGAAGCCAGACAACACACCAGCUGCUAACACCAACGAAAUGGGAGACAGCUGGCAGGUUCCUGACCCGAGGCCCGACUGCACCAAUGGUGGAGGACAGGAGGACUGUGAUAAAGACGUGGAGGAGGAGGCCAAGAAGCCCACCAGCUGCGGCAUGAUCACGGAUCCCAAUGGUCUCUUUCAGCCCUGCCACUCCGUCGUGCCCCCGGAGCCGUACUUUGGAAACUGCAUGUACGACAUGUGUGCGACCGGAGGCCAGACCGUGGCUCUGUGCCAGGCCAUAGAGAGCUACGCCGACAUGUGUGCUGCUGCAGGAGUCCCCAUCGCAUGGAGGAACAACACCUUCUGUCCUCUGAAGUGCGCCCCAGGUAGCCAUUACAACCCGUGCGGCCCUGCCUGCGCUCAGCCCAGCUGCCAGGAACCCGCGGCCCCCGGCGGCUCCUGCAACCAGCCUUGCGUGGAGGGAUGCGUCUGUAACCCUGGCCUCGUCCUCAGCGGAGACAAGUGUGUCCCGCUCAGCGAGUGUGGAUGCACCGACGCAGACGGACACUACAGACCGGUGGGAGACUCUUGGUUCACAGAGACGGACUGCUCAGAGCGCUGCAAUUGUAACGGCAACCACAACAUCACCUGCGAGCCCUGGCAGUGCAGCCCUGCACAGGAGUGUAAAGUCGUGGAGGGAGUGCUGGACUGCCACUCUACAGGUAAAGGAGUGUGUCACGUGGCUGGAGAUCCUCACUACUACACCUUUGAUGGUGUGAUGCACACCUACAUGGGAACCUGCACUUACACUCUGGUGGAGGUGUGUAACACCACCAAGGUAACGCCCUUCAAGAUCGUGGCUAAAAAUGAGGAGCGUGGUCAACCAGAGGCCUCCUAUGUUCGCUCUGUCAAGGUCUACCUGCCUCACGACACUGUGGUGGAACUGCAGAAGAGCCGCAGAGUUCUGCUGAAUGGACGGCGGGUGAGAACGCCAGUUUCCAUAGACGUGGCCGGAGCCAAAGUGAUAACCAGUGGAUCCUACAGUCUGCUGGACACAAACUUUGGACUGCGCGUGAAGUUCGACGGCGUCCAUCACCUGGAGAUCACGGUUCCUGGAGAAUACUUCAACAAGCUGUGCGGCAUGUGCGGGAACUACAACCACAACUCCUCGGAUGACAACCUGAUGCCCAACAAGAAACCAGCCAAGGAUGUGAUUGAACUGGGCAACAGCUGGAAAUCCGAUGGGGACAGUGAUCCUGGCUGCCAGCCAGACACUCGUCCAGACGUGCACCCCGACUGCACUGCCGAGGAAGAGAAGCUGUACGAGGCUCAGUGUGCCGAGGUCAUCCUCUCCGACCGCUUCAAGCCCUGCCACUCGCUGGUGCUCCCCGAGGCCUUCCUGGGUAACUGCAUCUACGACAUGUGCGAGUACGACGGCAUGCAGGCGACGCUCUGCGACAACGUGGAGGCGUACGCUCAGGCCUGCCAGAGCGCCGGAGUCACCAUCAGCUGGAGGAACAACACCUUCUGUCCCUUGCCCUGCCCUACCAACAGUCACUACUCAGACUGCACCGCCCCCUGCCCCCCCACCUGCUCCGACCUCUUCCCCAUCUUCUGCCACCUCCCGCCGACGGCCUGCGUGGAGGGCUGCCAGUGUGAUGCCGGCUACGUCCUCAGUGACAACAACUGUGUUCCUCUGGAUAAAUGUGGCUGCCUGGACUCAGACUCAGAGUACCAUGAUGUGGGAGACUCGUGGCUGACAGAUAAAUGUACUGGUUUAUGUACCUGCAACCUCGGUGGCAAAAUCACGUGUAAGGACCACAGCUGUAAUUCCAACUCAGUGUGUGGCCUGGACAAAUAUGGAGACGUCUACUGCAAACCCACCAAGUUCGACAAGUGCAGCGUCUCUGGGGAUCCUCACCACCGAACCUUCGAUGGUUUCACCCAUCACUUCCAGGGCCCCUACACCUAUGUCCUGACUCAGGGCCACAACCUGCAGAACUCCCUGUCGCCCCUCGUGGUGCGGGGAAAAAACAUCAGACGCGGGGGGAACAGGAGGGUGUCGUUCCUGGACCAGAUGUACGUUGACGUUUACGGCGUCAAUGUCCGCUUCCUGCAGAAGAAGAACAUCCUGGUGAACGGAGAGCGUGUUGCACCUCCUCUCAUUCCAGUUGAUGGUUUGACCAUCACGAUGAACUCCAGGCAGGUCCAGCUCACCACCGACUUCGGACUCACUGUACGCUUCGAUGGCAAAAGUCGCGGAGAGAUCAUACUGCCCAGCACCUAUAAGAACUCUGUCAGGGGGCUGUGUGGAAACUACGACGGCAUCACCAGAAAUGAGUACAUGACGCCGGAUGGAAUCGUGGUCAGGAACCUGAACACGUUCGGAGAGAGCUGGAGGGUCAGUGACCGACAGGCGGAUGCACUAAAGAUCUUCAACCUUCCUCACACUGCCCACGCUCACAGGCGAGAGGUGGAGACCGAUCCAGAUUCAGGAUUUGAGACGUCGGGCUGCUCUCAGUCUCAGCUCAAUGACUACAACAGCGUGGCUCAGUGUGGAGCGCUGUCUGACUCCAAGGGGCCGUUUGCUUCCUGCCAUGCUACCCUGCCGCCUAAAACCUACCAGGAUGACUGUGUGUUUGACCUGUGUGCUGAGGAUGGCAGUGCGGAGCUGCGUUGUGCUAGUUAUGAAGCGUACGCUGCCACCUGUCAGGAGGCCGGAGUCAAGCUGGGACCCUGGCGGCAGCAGCUGGACUGUGUCCUGUCCUGUGGUGCAAACAGCACCUACUCCUCCUGCAUGUCACCUUGCCCCGCCUCCUGCGCCGACCUGGCGGCCCCCUCAGAGUGCGACGCCACCUCCUGCAUGGAGGGCUGCCAGUGUGCGGCGGGCUUCGUCAUGAGCGAGGGCAUCUGCGUGCCAUACCCGCAGUGUGGCUGCACCUUCCUCAACAGAUAUUACACCCUGAAGGAGAGGUUCGUGACUGAGGACUGUUCCCAGGCGUGUGAGUGCACCAGCACUGGCGCCGUGUGCCAGCCCAAGACCUGCCAGGGCGGUUUCGUCUGCACCAUCUACGACUUCACACGGGACUGCUACAGAGCGAGUCCCUGCCUCAGCUCCCCCUGUCUGAACGGAGGCCAAUGUGAUGAGGUCAGCAACAACACGUACAGCUGUCAGUGUGAGGAGGGCUUCGAGGGAACGAACUGCGAGGUGGAGAUAACACACACCGGAGGAGGACUGGAAACCAAGUGGAUCAUCCUGAUAGCGGUGUUGGUCACAGUUGUGGUCGUCAUCAUUGUGACCGCCGUCGCGUGCACUUGUCGACGAAAAGCCAAGAAUCACAAGGGGGAGGAGAGAAAGCUCAGCAUGAAAUCCAUAACUGUUCCAUAUACAAACAUAGAGCACCAAAGAAAGGACAAAGUGACUACUAUGUGAUGACAAACUGUAGCCUGAAUGUAACGCCUGCAAAGCGACCCGUCUGUCCUGAGGCUUCUUCAGCCUCCUGAGAAGAAUAAAACUCCGUCAGAAAUGAAGGAAGUCUUGUGAGAGUUGUGAAAAUUAUUGUUCAUAUGCCCAUGUUUUGCUUUCUUAACUUAUGCUUUUUAAUAUGUAAUUUUAGUCCAAUGUGCAUGUUAAAUGAACAGAAAAGUGGAAAUCUGUGUGUGUGGGUGUGUGUAUUUAUGGAAUGAAAUGAAUAAAAAAAAAAGAGAAAAUGUAUGUUUGUCUUUGUUAAAAAUUGGUUUCAUUCAUACAGAUUAUAGGGAUUUUUUUUAUCAUGUAUCCAUAUUCUGCAUCUGGUUUAUUUUAUACUUAGUUUCAUUCUUUACUGGACUUCCUCUGAAAUCCAAUGAGAGCUCACACAACCAUCACUGGUCUGUAGAGAGACAGUUCUUUCCCAUAGAACACAUUAAAUAGCUGCCGUCAUAGCAAGUAAGACGAGUUUACAAAGUAGAGGCCAGUUAACCUUCACUCUGACAUCCUGAGAGGACAAAAAUGUCUUCGUCAAAAAACUGCCAUAAAAUUAUGAAUUUUACUGAGGUAAUUCUUUUAAUCAACAUCAGUCCUCAUCA